UCCCUUACACCUCCAACCCCUUCGCUUAUGGGUCCAGCCCCUGCUGCUACAUCCCAGGACCCCCUUGCUAUGGGUCUGGCCCCCCAAGCUAUGGGGCAGGGCCUCCCGGAGAUGCGUCUGGAAGAGCUGGGCCUCGGGGCCUUCACCCCUGUGGGGCUGGUGCAGAACUUCCUCCAGUACCUGCACCUCGAUGUGGGGCUGCCCUGGUGGGGGGCUAUUGCGGCAGGCACCCUCUGCGUGCGGGUGGCCCUCCUGCCCCUAUUGGUCCGGGCGCAGCGGGAAGCCGCCCUAUUGGCUCGCCACGCCCCCCGCCUUCAGGAGCUCUCCAAGGGAUUGGCUGAGGCCCGGAGGGGCAGCGACCAAAGGGAAGUGGCCCGGGCCUACUCGGAGCUGAUUGGCUACCAACAGCGGCACCGCCUCAACCCGCUACGGGGUUUCCUGGUGCCCCUGGUCCAGACCCCCAUCUUCAUCUCCUUCUUCCUGGCCCUCCAAGCGAUGGCGGCGGCUCCGGUGCCGGGCUUGCAGUGGGGCGGCCUGGCCUGGUUCCCCGACCUCACUGCCCCCGACCCCUUCUACGUCCUCCCCGUGCUCGUGGUCGCCUCUAUGGGGCUGGUGCUGGAGCUGGGGGCGGAGUCGGGGGUGUCGAGCCCGGGGGGCGUGGCCACGCGGCAGCUCCUGCGCAUCCUGCCCCUGAUCUGCCUGCCCUUCAUCCUGCACUGCCCCACGGCCGUCUUCACCUAUUGGCUGACGUCGAACUCCUUCAGCCUAUGGCACGCGGCCUUGCUGCGGGUGCCGGCGCUGCGCGCCCGCCUCGGCCUCCCCCUCCAGUGGCGCGAGGCCCAGGCCCUCCAGCGGGGGGAGGAGCGACAGUGGCGCUUACGUCAUCACCUGGACAUGGCCGCCAAGGGCCCCCUCCGCCAGACGUUCGCCCGGAACCCCCUGGCCCCCCACACCCCCCCCCCGCCCCCCCCCCUGCCCCCCAAGCGCCCCUGGAAGGAGACCUUGGGGUGA